UCACUUUCUAUUUUUCGUGACCAUUGUAUUUCUCACCCACUCACUACUACUACUAUCUUGAUAACUACCAACUACUUACCUACUCCACCCAGCCACAACCCUAAACAAUUCACCUCCCUCUACACCUCUUCCCCAACCACGGCAAAAACAACCAAAAUGACCGAACACAAAAGCCUCCACCUAACCGCCUUCAUGCGCCCCGUAAGCCUCCACACCGGCGCAUGGCGAUACCCGAACUCCUACCCGGACGCGAACUUCAACCUCGCGCACCUGAAAUCCUUCAUCACGGCACUAGAAGCCGCCAAAUUCGACGCCUUCUUCAUGGCGGAUCACCUGGCCGUGCUGAACAUGCCCGUGGAGGCCCUAAAGCGCAGCCACACAGUGACCUCCUUCGAGCCCUUCACUCUCCUUUCGGCGCUCUCUGCCAUCACCUCCAAGAUCGGACUCGCGGCCACAGCCUCCACGACAUACGACCUGCCCUACCACGUCGCGCGGCGCUUCGCGUCCCUCGAUCAUCUGAGUAACGGGCGAGCGGCGUGGAAUAUCGUGACGACGGCGAACCCGGACAGCGCGAGGAACUUUAAUCUGGACGAGCAUGUCGAGCAUGCAGAGCGGUAUAAGCGGGCGCGGGAGUUCUAUGAUGUGGUGACGGGCCUGUGGGACAGCUUUGCGGAUGAUGCGUUUGUGCGGGAUGCGGGAAGUGGCGUGUAUUUUGACCCGGAGAGGAUGCAUGUGUUGAAUCAUGUGGGAGAUGAGUUUCGAGUGAAGGGGCCCCUGAAUAUUGCGAGACCGGUGCAGGGGUGGCCGGUGAUCGUGCAGGCAGGACAGUCGGAGCCCGGGAGGCAGUUGGCGGCGGAGACGGCCGAGGCGGUGUUUUGCUCGCCCAGGGACUUGGAGGCCGCCAAGGCGCUGUAUCGCGAUAUCAAGGAUCGGGCGGUCGCGGCGGGGAGGAAGAGGGAGCAUUUGAAGAUUCUGCCGGCGGCGUUUAUUGUCAUUGGGGAUUCGGUGGAGGAGGCCAGGCAGAAGAGGUUGAAGUUGGAUAGCCUGGUGCACUAUGAUAGUGCGAUUGCCUCAUUGAGUGUCUCGCUGGGAACGGAUGUGUCGCAGUUUGACCCGGAUGCACCGCUGCCGGGGGACUUGCCUGAGACCAAUGCGAGCAAGACGGGCAGGGAGGGAGUGCUCAAGCUGGCGAAGGAUGAAGGGCUCACAGUGAGGCAGCUGGCGCAGAGAUAUGGAGGUUAUUCGGGGCUGGCGUUUGUGGGCACCCCAGAGACGGUGGCUGACGAGCUGGGGCUUUGGCUGGAAGAGGAGGCUGCGGAUGGAUUCACUGUCGCUUUCCCCUUCUUGCCGCAGGGUCUCGAGGAUGUCACGCAGAGGUUGGUGCCCGAGUUGCAACGGAGAGGUAUCUUUCGUCGCGACUAUGAGGGCACGACCUUGAGGGAGCAUCUUGGCUUGCCACGGCCGGGAAAUCGGUUCUUCGAGUAGAUGUCGGACGCAUGAGGCCAUGGCGAGGCUGUGGUACAUAUGAAACUGCCCUUGAUAGUUCACAAAUCCCACCGGUCCUGUUAUCACUACAUCGUUUGCUACUGAAUCAUACAGACAAGCACAAGAAGCAAAGAGGCAGUUUUGUCCAUAUAUAAUUGCCACAACAAAGCCAGCGUACUGGGUUG